AGAGAAAACAAAGAAAAACGUGUUGUUUUCAUGCCGGGUCGAGGAAUUUUUUAAGAUUUUGAUCUUAGAAGAUCAUAAAAUUAGACCAAAAGUUGUUUAAAAGCUACUCAAACAAUAGCAAUUCAGCCCCGUUCUUAUGUUACACGGCUUCCGUGACUAAGAAUUGAAAUGGAAGGGACAGAAGAUGAUGGCCAAGGUUAUGGGAUUCUUGAUGUUAAACUGGCAGAAACUGAAGAAGACGAACGGAUCGCUAGUCUGAGGAACCACAUUGAAGAUUUGCUGGAGAGAAAUUUGAAAAGUCAGAAGGAUUUUGAUGCGUUGAAAUCAAAGUAUGAGAGCCGAGAAAAGGAACUGAGUGCUAGCAAUGGGCAAAAAUAUGAUGCCCUUGCAAAGGUGGCCGAGCUGACGGCUCUCCUGCACCAGAGGGAUGAUGCAGUGAAAAACUUGAAGACUGACGUGGACAUGUUGGGAGCCCAAUUGGCUGAAGCUUCGAGGGCAAAGAACAAUGCCCUCCUCAAGUUAGACAAUAUAUCAAGUAGAGAGGAGUCUCUCGAGAACAGAAAAAGAAUGAUGGAGCAGGAAAUGGAACUUCUGCGAGGACAAAUUCGCAGCUACGAACAGAGAGUUGAGCGUCAGGAGGCAGAACUUGUAGACGCAACAUCUACGUCCAGAGUCGUCCAGCUUGAAAGCCAAUUGCAGAGGCUCAUUGAUGAGCUCGCUGCUCGAGACCAAACUGCUGGACGUCUGAGAAACCAGCUGAAAGAGGAGCAGCAAAAAAUAUCCAAACUUGAAGAACGGCUCGAGCUGACCAGACUCAAGGAGGAACAAAUGCAGAUUAUUCACAAGAAAGAACUUGAAGCGCAGAUGAAUGUUUCCCGCAUUGCUGAAGAAAAAUUCAAGGAAUCUGAGGCCAUGCUGCAGCAGUAUCUGUUGAAGAUCAAAGAAAUUCAAACUGAACUCGACAUUAAGUCCAUUCCUGGAGAUGCUGAGAGAAAAGCAUUGGAGGAAAUCAACCGCCUCAAGUCAGAGCUUGGCGCCAGAGAUGCAAAAAUUCUAGAUUUGGACACAUCUGUGGCCACGCUUGAAAGAGAACUGCAGAACAUAAAGAAAGAAAAUGUCGAGCAAUACAUGCAAAAGCUAUUCCCAUCUGCCUCUGUUGUCAGCCAACAUUUGCAAGGUGAUUUAAGCCUCACAGAGAUUUACAAAAGGUACUCAAACACUGUUGAAGAACUCAAUAAAACCAAAUAUGAGAGAGACUUGCUGGAUGUAAAACUCAAAGGCUCAAUUGAAGAGUUAAACGUCAAUGCUGAGGCCAUGUCAAAAUGCCAAUCUCGUCUUACGGAGGUAGAGCAGUUAGUCCAAAAGCUCACAACUGAAAACCAGAGGCUCUCGGUUGAAUAUGAAAAUAAGAAGCUUGCUGCAAAGGAAUCUGCUCGAAGUGCCAACCAGCACGCAGUCGACAAAGGACGUCUCAAGCUGCAGAACGAUGAUCUGAGAAAGCAGGUGAUUCGACUAGUACAGGAGAUUGCCGUUCUGAAGUCUGGGAAUCCUGAAAACAUGAGUGACGAGGACCAGUUGGUUCUCUUCAGAAGUGUUGAAGAACUGCAACACAAGAACAUCGAACUGCUCUCUUUGGUGAGGGAACUGCAGAUCAAAACGGAAAACGCUGAAAAGGCUUACGCUGAAGUGGAGAAGGUUGCCAGUUGCAACGAAAGACUUGAAGAACUCGUUGAACAGGUCAAGAGAUACGAGGAGAGGGACACAGCAAAGUCGGAAAUGGUGAAACUGCUCAUUCGGCAGCGAGAUCAUUUUGAAGAAAUGUCCCAAAUGGCAAUCAGAAAUGCCGAGGAGAAGGUGCAAGAAAUGCGGAAGAGCAUGACUCCUGUAAAGAGCGUGCAGGAUAUGGAUGUCGACUCCUCUGCUCCAUCCCCAUCAAGUGAAGAAUCUCAACCAGUAAAUUCUCAGCCUGAGAGUAGAGUUUUGUCACCCCGCACUCCAGCACCAGUUCAGAGACAGCCUUUUUAUCAGCAGAGAAGUAUGUCUCUGAAUUCUCAGCAAAGAAUGAACAGACCACAGAUGGGAUCACCUCGGUUCUCUCCUUACAACACGCCUCCUGCCCCAUCAAGAGCUUACUUGGAUGGACUUCAGGCCCGACUCAAAAAAUGUCAAGAGGAGCUGGACAGCACUACGAAAAAUUUUGCCGAAUACAGGGAAAACUCUAAGAAAAACAUGGACAUGGUGAUUGAUGACAUGGAAAAGAUGCGCUCUGAUUUGCACGACGUGAAACUCGAAAAGGCUAAUCUGAGGGCCAUGUUCGACACGAGCAAGGACAAACUAGCCAGCAUGAAGAACAUAAUGGACGGACAACAACGGCAGUUGGACGCUGUGCAGAGAAUGCGAGACAUCCAGGACCAGAUCAUCAGAAAGCACGAGAAAUCGGUGGUCGAGCUGAACAAAGAGAUUGUUACCACGUACGCCAAGCUCUCUAGCACUGAAGGACUGCUGGAAAGAGCCAAUGCUGAGAUCCGUCGACUCAGGGUAAGCGAAACCUCUGCCAGAACUGAGUGCGAGUCACUGAGGGCGUCAACGGCCAAUCAGAAUUUGGUGUACCUCGGCGCCCAAGAGUUGAAGGCGUGCAGACAGCGGGCAGAGGCUGAGGACAGUCUGAUAUUGUCCAAUCAACUCCAAGCGGUGCAGAACGAGAACAGGGACUUGAAACAGAGACUCGAGACAGGUCAUGUGCAUCUCAACGACGAAAUAAACAAUCUCAAAGCCUGCCUCAACAGGGAUCAAGCCCUGCUACAAGGCGCCCUUGCUGAAAAAGCCAGUGCCCAAGCCGAGUGCGCUCGGGCCACUGAACUUCUUGCCCAAGCGCAAAGAGACGUCCUCGUUUUGAGAACAAACAAAAAUCCGACCGUCGCUGCCGAGGCCCAGACGGACGCUGAGUUGGAUCUGACAGAGAAAGUGGCCACGCUGGAGGAACAUCUGAAUUUGGCAGAGGAAGGAAAAAGAACUGCCGAAGCGGAGAUAGUAGAUCUCACUGGAAAACUGGCCAGCGCAAUGGACGCUUUGGCCCAGACACAGAAACUCUGCAAUGAACUGCAGCAAAAAUGUAAUGCUGUUCAUGAUCUGGCCGAGGAAGAUAAAAAUGCGGCCAAACAAAAGUUGCACGCCCUGGAAGGUGAACUAUCCGUGGCGAGAGAGGAACUGUCUGUGGCCAAAGAACAACUUUGUCGUGCUGAGAAGCAGAUUGAGACUCUUCGAGCGGAGCUUGUCGAAGCAAGCAGGCAGCACGCCAUCGCCACCGUAGGUCUGGAGACGGAGGAAGCCAUCAAUAAGGUAACAAACGAAUUGGCUGCCUUGAAAGAAAAGCAGGAGAGAUGCGAAGAGACUCUGGAGAGGGAGAAGGAACAGCACAAGUUGGACUUGCAAGCUUUAGCCAUCACCAGAAAACAAUUGGUUGCGUCGGAGAAGAGCGUUCUCGAGUUGAAGGAAAGGAUUCUUUGUCUGGAGGGAGAGGUGCAGAUGGCCAAGAACAGCUUUGAGAACGCCAAGUCGAUGGCCAGUGUUGUUUCGGGCGAUCGAAGUGAUCUCGUCCAGGAGCUCAAAGCGCACAACGCGGUCCUCCACGAGCAACUGCAGCAGUUUAUGCAACAGAGCGCGGGGCAUCCUCUGAACCUGAGCGGCUCGUUCUCUGAAGAAGACACUCCUGAGCCAUUGGUUCAGGUAAUGAAACACCUUCGCCGUGAGCGGGACAUGGCACAGUCGAAGGCGGACGCACUGGAGGCGAAGGCGGCCAACCUCAGGCUGCAAAUAGACACGCUGGAGCGGAAACUGGAGGAGGCCAAUGAAGACAUGAAAAGGAAAAGGGAGGAGGAGACGGGUCAACUGAUGACCUCCAUUCCGCAGAGCAGGUACGAGGAGCUGUUGAGGCAGUCGGACACCCUAAAUGCGCUCACAGACUCAAGCAUCGUGCAAAGACAAAAGAACGACGCUCUGUCCAAGGAAAAUGCAGAGCUGAAACCUAAAUUGAAGGCGGCCCAGGAGGAGAUUGAGAGUCUCAAGAAUAGGAACAAUCUGUUCCAAGAGAAGAUUGUGGCCGAAGAGGAGAACUCGAAGGAGCUCUUGGAAAAACACAGACUAGAGACGAACAGGGCAAAUCUGGCCGAGUCGAAGCUGAGGGAGUUGGAGCAAAAGUUGAAUACGUCCGGAUCGUCACAGCAAAACAUGACCGCAGAAAUUUCAAACCUGAAAGGACGCAUCACCAACUUGGCUCAGGAAAUGCAGAAGAAGAUCGUUGAGAAUAAGAAAGUCUCGCUUGAGAGGGACAACUUGCAGAAGCAAUUGGAUGCGGAGAAAAGUUCGGCCAGCAAAAUUGCCCAAGAGUUGGCUCAAGAAAAGACGAACGUGACCUCCAAAUCAGCAGAAGUGGAACAGCUGAAGAAAAGUUUGGACGAGUCAAAGAAAGAGGCUUCAGCUAAGGUCAUCGAGGUGACUGCAACAGCAACUAAAAUCAAAGAAGCUCUGACCAACAAGGAAAAAGAGUUCGAAGAUUUGAACAACAAACACUGCAAGGUUCGUGCCAUAGCAAAGAAGUACAAAGAUCAGUAUGAUGCCUUGGCUGCCGACUCGAAGAGCAAAGCUGAUGCAGUCGCUCUGACUGGAGCUCAAGAACAGGCUAAAAUCCAAGAGAUGGAGGCUAAGGUUGCAGAGAUGCAAACGCGUCUGGCAGAAGCAGAGACUAAAUCAACGGAAACAGAAAGUGAGCUGCAGAAACUCAAUGAAAGUCUUGAGGUUAUGACCAAGCAGCUUGAAGAAAAGGCCACGCUUUUGGAGCAAGAGCAAAAAACCAGUUCUGAGAGGCAGAACCGAAUUAAAACCGUCAUUGCGCAAGCCAGAACAAAAAUCAAAGAGCAAGCUGACCUGCUUGCCAAGAAGGAAGCUGCCAUAAAAGAAAAUUUAGAAAAGAUCAAAGAAAUGGAGAGUGUCGUCCAAGCUGCCAGCAAUGAAGAAUCUGUGAUUUCCCAACUGAGGAAAGAGAAUGCGGAGCUGAAGGCUUUGAUGGAGCAGACCAAGCAGGAAUCAAAAGCUUCCAAACCCACAGCUGGACCAUCAGGCACCACUCCGUCCGUGAAAAUUCGACCAAUGGCUUCUCAAGCUCCAAAAGUCAAGCCUCAAACUUCUGUCGCUGUCAUUCCGACCACUAGAGCUGCACCAACUGCUCGACUCCGCCCUAUGGUGAACACUCCAGUUCGCAACGUAGCUGUUCUUGCUCCUAGCCCUCAAGAUCUUCCUUCAACCAGUGUCACUCCAAUCCAGGGCACACCUCGCUCUCAACCCUCAGUCAUAAGAGUGGCCCCAAGAGAAGAGCAUUCCAGUGAUUCAUCUACAAGCCUGGAUGAGACUGGAGCUCCGUCAACCAGCACUAAUGUCUUGCUCGUGCGACCUAAUGAGGUGCACCCACCAGUGUACGGCACUCAGCCCUCCACCUCCAGUGGUCCUGUAAGACUUUCUCUAUCCCUGAAGAGAUCCAGAGAACCAGAGACUGCAACUGCUGCUCCUGAAGAACCUCAAGCAAAACAUCUUCAUACUGAAUCAUCUGAAGAGGUUGAAGAAGCUUCUGUGGACCAAGAGGAACAAGAAGAAGUGGUUGAAGAACCCAGCGCCAAUGCUGGAGGCACUGAAGCAGAGGAAAGCGAGGAGGCCAUUAAUGAUGAACUCGAGGAAAUGGCUCUCCAAGCCGAGGAAGAUGAAGAUGAACAAGAGGAGCCUCUGGUAGAUGACAUUGAAGUUCAGCAAGAGCUUGCCGAAGAGCCUGAAGAGGCUGCUGAAGACGAGGAGGCUCAAGCUGAGGAAGCUGGGGAAAGUGACGGUGGUGCAGCUCAAGCCUCUGCCGAUACUGAACGCCCACUCCAAAUUGACCUGGUUCCGCAGGCAGCUCAGGCCCGUGCAAACUUCAUGCUGCCGUUGUUACAACAAGGCUAUGAGGAGGUUGGCGAUUUUGGAAUCGUCCCCUCAACGCCGACACUCUUUGUUCCGCAACGCCAAAGUGGUUUCGGUGAAGUAGUUAGCUCACCACACGUUCCACAGGGCCGUCACUUUACUUUCGCCACUGAAACUGGUUUUUCCUCACAGCUGCAAUCAAACGCGGGCGGUCCUUUGGACUCCGAGGAGUCCGCCGGUGGACAUACAGUUCCUGGAACCCCUAUCGCAAUUUCGCCAGAUGAUGUUGUGCCGAAUAUGCCUUCGGAGAGUCAGGCCUCGGACGAAAUGGACGCUGGCAGUCUAGACAGCCAGAAUUCACAACAUGGUGCAAGCUCGUCAAGUAAUGACGCUCGAGCUCCAGUUGACCCGCCGUUAGGAACUCCUCACAUGCAGCGUUCCAUUCCCAGAGGCAAUUUUAAUUCAUUAAGAACACCGAUGUCAACUGGUCGAGGAGCCUCUCGUGUGGCUCGGCCACCCAUGUCAGCAAGACCGGCCCCGAUUGUUUGGGAUAGAGAAUUUCCAGAGCGUGGAGGCCGGGGUGCGCACAGGGCGUCAGGGAUUGGUGCGCAAAGGAGCCGGGGUCGAGGUCGGGCUAGGGGAGGAAACCCAUUCCAAAGGGGACGCUAGGACAUGCGUCAAAAUCAUUUUUAAAUUUUCUUUUCAUUUUAAAUUCAUGAAUUUUUACUCAACAAUAAAACAGCAAUUGCUAUGCUU